GUAAGUGUACGAACACACACUAACACAUUCAUUCAGUUGUAUAAUGUACUACUUCGUAGUAUGUUUUUUAAAGUGAAUAAUUUACUUCAAGUAAUAAUUAUUAUAAAAGAUUACAAUUAAUUAAAUCUAAAAUGGCAAUAAAUGGUAGAGAUUUGGCAUUAUCUAUGCUAAGAAGUUUACCUCGUGUAGGAUUGUCAAAUAUUCGACCUAACCCCGGUUCAAAAAAGGCUUCAAAAAGAGGUAGGGGUCAACACGGAGGAGAUAAACAUGGUGCAGGAAACAAAGGUUCUGGUCAAAGACAAAAUUAUAUGAGACCUGGAUAUGAAACCGGGAAUACUCCAUUUUAUCUUAGAUUUCAAAAAGAGCCUUAUUAUAAAGGACAUCACUUAAGAAGACAAUAUCCACCACUUUCUUUGAAACAGCUACAAAUGUUCAUAGAUACUAAUAGGAUAGACAUCAGUAAACCAAUCGACUUAGCAACUUUAAUAAAUACAGGAUUAUAUAACUUUAAAAUUGAUUGGAAACACGCUGGAGUACAUUUAACGGAUGAGGGCUCAAAUAUAUUCAAGGCAAAAGUCAACAUAGAAGUGCAGUGGGCUAACGAACCUGUGAUUGCAGCAAUUGAACGAAAUGGCGGCGUUAUCACUACAGCUUAUUACGAUCCAAAUUGUUUAUUCGCUUUAAAUGAUACUGAAAAAUUCCUUCGCAAAGGUGAUCCAAUACCACGUAGAUUAUUACCACCUGCUGAUUGUUUAGAAUAUUAUUCGAGUGCUGCAACAAGAGGAUAUUUAGCGGAUCCUGAAAAAAUUUCUCAAGAACGUUUAAUAUUGUCGCAAAAAUAUGGUUACGUGCUUCCAAAAAUUGAAGAUGAUCCAGACUACAAAAUGUUGACCGAACGUAAAGAUCCACGACAAUUAUUUUAUGGUCUUGAACCAGGUUGGGUUAUUAGUCUUGUGGAUAAAGUAAUUCUCAAACCAAAGGCAGAAUAUUUGAAAGAAUUUUAUGCUAGUUAAAAUAUUAUAUAUUUAAUGAUUAUAAAAACACCUUAAACUUUAUA